GCAGCAGCCGCAGCGCAGCAGCAGUAGCCGCAGCAGCAGUAGCAGAGCAAAAGCUCCAAAAAAGAAAGAGGAAAAAAAAUAACGACAACAAUAACAAGCAGGCGACGCGCACUUCAUGCAGAAAAAUAAGAAACAGCAAAAACCAUCGCCCCGGUCAACAAAAUGAGCACCCUCGAUGCCUAUCUGAAGCGGACGACGAAAGCGGCGACCAGGACGAGCUCCAGUCCAUCCAGCGAUGCGGCGCAGACGGACGUUGAAGAUCUCAAUACAGACAUUCCCUACUUUGACGAUCCGCAGCAGCCGGAGACGGAUCCGCAGCGCCAGCAGCAGCAUUUCGAGUCCGCCUGGUCGCCGGCCGAGGAGGCGGGCACACCGGAACCGCAACCGGAGGAGCUGCAGCUGGACGAUAGCUAUGCGGAUUCCGAUUAUGGUGCCAGCGGCAGUGCCGCGAAUAGCUAUUACCAAUCUCCGACGCCAUCCAAUAGCGAUAUAAUGCUACGCCCGCCAUCCAACUCCAGUUUCCAAUAUAGCUACUCAUCGCCCGGACCAGGACCGGCUCCCGGCAAUGGUAGCAAUGGUACCACCAGCAGCGGCGGCGGCAGCGGCGGCGGUGGCGGCAGCGGCGGCGGCGGCGGCGGCGGUGGCAGUGGCAGUGGCAGUGGCAGCGGGCGACUGCAUGCCGCCUAUGCACAUUCCCAGACGCUGGCGCUGCCGCCGCCGUCCUCGACCAAUUUGUAUCCGAACAUGUGGUAUCCAAAUGCGCCGUAUGGCAGCACCGUUCCCGGUCAUGUCUACGGUCGCUAUGCGGGCUACGGUGUGCCGACGAGCGCCGCCACAUAUGUGGCAGCGACAGCGGCAGCGGCAGCUCAUGGAAUGCUGCCACAUGGCCAGCAUCAGCAUGCGCCGCUGCAUCAUCCGCAUCCACAUCCACAUCCGCACCACCAGCAUACGCAUCAUCCGCAUCCGCACGAUUCGAUGAUGGAAAUGUUUCAGCUCUCAAAUAGCGGACGCGAGGCGCGCAACCGGGCGGAAAAGAAUCGACGGGACAAGCUGAAUGGCUCCAUCCAGGAGCUGUCCACCAUGGUGCCACAUGUGGCGGAGUCGCCGCGACGCGUUGACAAGACGGCGGUGCUGCGCUUUGCCGCGCACGGACUGCGGCUCAAGUACGUGUUUGGCAAGACGUUGCAUCAACAGCGACCCCAAGUGACGGACACGCUGAUGGGAAUGCUGGAUAGCUUCUUUCUCACGCUCACCUGUCACGGCCAAAUACUGUUAAUAUCGUCCAGCAUCGAACAGCACCUGGGCCACUGUCAGACAGACCUGUACGGCCAAAGCAUACUGCAGAUCACACAUCCGGAGGACCACGAAAUGCUCAAGCAACAGCUCAUACCCACCGAGCUCGAGAAUCUCUUCGAUGCGCAUGCGGAACCAACGGAUGCCGAUGGUGAGCCGCGCCAGCGCAGCAAAUCCGAGGAGGAUUACAUUGAUCGCAAGUUGCGCGAUGAUCGACGCAGCUUUCGUGUGCGCUUGGCGCGCGCUGGCCCGCGCUCAGAGCCCACCGCCUACGAGGUGGUCAAAAUCGAUGGCUGCUUCCGGCGCAGCGACGAGGCGCCGCGCGGCGUACGCUCGAACACGUUCAGCUCCAGCCUGCAGCUGAUACGACGCACCCGCGGCCGUGACGAUGCCAUACCCUUGCACACGAUAAGCGGCAACGAUAUUGUGCUGACCGCGUGUGCGCGCAUUAUAAGGCCACCGAAGAUCGUGAAUCGUCUGUUCGAUGCGAACACGCUGGAGUAUCGCACCAGGCAUCUGAUCGAUGGACGGAUCAUCGAUUGCGAUCAGCGGAUCGGCAUUGUUGCCGGCUACAUGACGGACGAGGUGCGGAAUCUGAAUCCGUUUACCUUUAUGCACAACGAUGAUGUCCGCUGGGUGAUUGUCGCCCUGCGUCAAAUGUACGACUGCAAUAGCUCGUAUGGCGAGUCUACGUAUCGCCUGUUCACGCGCAAUGGCAACAUCAUCUAUUUGCAAUCGAAGGGGUAUCUGGAGAUUGACAAGGAGACGAACAAGGUGCACUCGUUUGUGUGCGUCAACACGCUGCUGGGCGAUGAGGAGGGCAGGCGUCGCGUCCAAGAGAUGAAGAAGAAAUUCUCGGUGAUCAUCAAUACACAAAUACCGCAGUCAACAAUUGAUGUGCCCGCAUCGGAGCAUCCCGCACAGUUGGAAAAGGCUGUGCUCUGUCUCAUACAGAAUCUGCAGAGCGGCGGCUCGGAUCACGACAACGAUCGGCUGGAUGCCGACGAUGAUGAUGACGAUAAUGACACCGAUGACGAUAUCGAGGAUGGCCUGUCCAGCAUAACCAACUUCAGUCAUGCAAGCCAACCGCACGAUUCACAGCAGCAGCAUCAUCAACAUCAUCAUCGCCAUGGCCAUGGUCAUCAUUCGCAUCACAAUUUUCUCGACAGCACGAUGUCACAGGCGCGGCUGGGCGCCGGCAAUGGCAUGGGCAGCUCCAAGACCCCGCCGCUGGCCCUGGUGCCGCCGGAGACGGCAUCGGUGAAGUCCUCAAUAUCGAAGAGCGUCAGCGUCGUGAAUGUGACAGCCGCCAAACAUUUGCGCGGCAAUCUCGCAACAUCAGCUGCCCAGUCGCCCAGCUCCAAGUCCACAAGCUGCAGCUGCCGCGGCGUCAGCGACGCCAACUGCGACUAUUGCCAGGGCCCGCUUACCCCCGAAACGGUUAUGGGCAGCACAUCCGUCUCCUUAAAACGCAGCAGCGGCGCCGCCAGCACCCAAGAUGGCCAGGACAAUGUGUUGCUGGCCAAGCGACUCUUCAUGCCGAGCACAGCAGUAAUUACACACGUACUGGGCAGUUCGCUGGAGCAGAUGGGGCGGACCCUGGAUCAGCAGCUGAGUGCGGCUGUCCAGCUGCGGGAGCAGAACAGUCGUUACGAGGUGCCGCAUGCCAACGAGCGCAUAGAUGAGAUCUUGGAGGAGCAUCAGAAGCAGAGCAAACUCUUUGUGGACAUCAAAAGCGAAUACGAGGAGCUACAGAACAAGGCGGCGAACGCAACGAAAACGGAUGCCGAGUCGCAAAGCAGCAACAACAGCAACAGCGGCAUACCCUAAACGGGGCCCAUACACACCUAUCCAUCUAUAUAUAUAUAUAUAUAUAUAUAUAUAUAAACAAAUAUAUAUUAUUGAGGGUUUCAGCUGAUGUGAUAAAUGUGGCAGCCAACGGCAAAGGCGAGUUGAGGCUCACAAAUGAAAUCUUUGUCAGUCAACUUUGAGCUACUUUAUUUAAAAUGUUCAACCAACUAGAAUAAUGUACUUUAAAGUGCUAACAACUAUUUACAAACAGAUUGUGCAUGGGCAUCAUCAAUGUAAUACUAUAUAUAUUUAUAUAUGUAUGUAGAUAUGCGUAUAUAUGUAUGUAUAUAUGUUAGGAGCAGAUAGGUUGAACCGAACUAAUGAGUGAGCAUGCAACAAAAACCUACUUUAGUUAGUUGGGGCUCCUGGACUCGCCCAGCGGCUGUUUCUUUUCAUUUUCUUCCUUUUUUAAUGAUAACUAAACAUUUUUAUAUAAAUAUAUAUACAUAUAUAUAUAUAUAAUGUUUUUAAAUGUAAUUUGUAUGUAGGAACACA